AUGGAAAAACAGGCUUGCGAGGCGCCAGCGACACAGAAUGAAUCAAGUCAUUACGUUUGUGAUGACAAUGGUGAUAUGAAAUGCCUACCGGGGUGGAUAGGUGACCUUUGCGAUGUGCCAAUUUGCAAAAAAGGCUGUGACCCAAUUCAAGGUUACUGCAAACGGCCAUCCGAAUGCCGUUGCAAGUUGGGUUUUUACGGCGAAAUGUGCAACAAGUGUAUAGCACUACCCGGCUGCCAACACGGUUACUGCAACAAUAGUUUCGAAUGCAAGUGCUUAGAAGGCUGGGACGGCAUUUUCUGUUCAGAACCGGUAUGCCACGAAGACUGUCAUCCAAGUAAAGGGUAUUGUGACUGGCCAGGAGAAUGCAGAUGUCGUCUAGGUUGGACUGGUGAUCUCUGCAAAGAAUGUCAACCAUUACCAGGUUGUAUGCAUGGGACAUGCUCUAAACCAUUAGAAUGUAAAUGUGAAAAGGGAUGGCAAGGAAUUUUAUGUCAGAUACCCGUAUGCUCUGAAGGUUGUCAUCGAGACCGAGGAUAUUGUCGUAAACCAAAUGAAUGCAGGUGCAAGGUAGGCUGGUGGGGUAAGAACUGUACUCAAUGUUUCGCAUACCCAGGCUGUGUUCAUGGAACAUGUAACCGUCCAUGGGAAUGUAAUUGUAAGCCCGGCUGGGGUGGUAUGCUCUGCGAUCAAGAACUUAAAUACUGCGAAACUAACAAUGUCACAUGCCAAAACGGAGCCACGUGUGUUAGUCUCCCAGAAGAAGAUGGAAAUUAUAGAUGUCUUUGCGCUGAUGGAUACAUUGGACGAAAUUGUGAAGUAGAUAAAAAAAAGGUUGAAAUCGUCGGGUUAGUACCUCCUAAGCCUAGUUUAAUGCUACUUAAGUCAACAACAACUACACCUUCGACAGUGUCCGAAGAUUUAUUAUUAGAAGGCGAUGAUGAAUAUGAAGAAGAAACUAUAAAACCUAAUUCCUCCAUAGUUUCGUUGGUCAACGAAAAUGAAUCCUUAAAUGAAACAAUUUAA